AAAAAAACGGUUCAAUACCAGCAUCAAUGCAAGUGGGAAAGCUGUCGCAGGUUGUAUUGUUCUGCAUGGACUGGCAAUUCAAUACACUGGUCUUUAUUAAACGUUUACUAAUUUUAUUUCCAGUAAAAUCAUGUGGUGUGUUCUGUACGACUGAGUCACACGUGUAACAUUAGCGUUUCCUGACAUGUGCUAGCGUAUUGAGAUAGGAACUGUCAAACAGAUCAGGAAUCUUCUAGACAGCGACAUGGAUACAGAUAAGCGACAGCACCUGUGCCAUAAAUGCAACCAUGAUUACAACGUGUUCGACAGGAAACCCAAACUUCUACGAUGUCUGCACAGCAUCUGCGAGCAUUGCUACUAUGCCAACAAACACCAGAAGGACCAGCAGUGCUGUCCACGGUGCAAGGACGUGAGUGGCGGUGAUGUGGACUCGCAGAUAGAUUGCGUCACUAUCAACGAGAUGGUCAUCCAGACACUGAAUGAAGCAUUCGACGUGACCGACCUCUACUCGAAACAGACACCUAGCCUCCACGCUGGUGGUAGCGAGACACUAGAUGGAACUACCGAUGAUACAAAAGGUAAUGGGCCAGCUGUAAAUGGUGACACUGGUGGGUCUGGUUAUGGAAUAACCAAAGAAAAGAGAUCCUACACAGAGCAGGAUAGGUUGGACGACCCCGUUGUCCAGGAUGCUGGAGAGAAUCACGAGGACAAUGAUAAAACGUACAACGGUUUCGAUUGGUUUGAUAAACUAUUCCAUCACAAAUCGAACGCUGUUUAUACAGAUUCUGGCGAAUUUCCCAAAGAUCAACAGUCGAGAGAAGAGUCUACAUACAAGGACUGGUCCGGCGAAGCGCAUAGCAAGGACAGUUUAUCCUUGACAGCAGCUUCGCAAGCAAACUCUGAACAAGAACAGAUUCCCAAUAGUAACUGCGCCACUGAGGCGCAUUACAGUGACACCUCACCCGCAGUGCCGCAAACAGAAGCCGGAGAUUAUAGGGCAACUGGUGCAGGUGUAGAUGAAGCUAAGGACUUGAAGGACAAAGUCAAACUUAUCGUCUGCUCUACCAGCCGUCAUAAUGACCAGGCCGUCUGCUACUGUCCAGACUGUCACAUAUUUCUGUGUGCACAAUGCCAGACGAAACACGCUGACGAUUUGUUGUCGAAAUACCAUCGGUGCCAUGGUAUUGACGUGCUGCGAGCUCUUCCGUUAUCCGAAAUGGAGAGCAGUGCCCACUGCAUCGUCCACCCGGAGUACCCUCUCAACUACUUCUGCCAGCAUCACACCUGCAAAAAGCUGGCCUGUAUCAAAUGUGCCACCAAUCUACACAACAAGCAUGGGAAGAGUGGCAUAGAAGACGCAAUUGCCUUGGAGAAGACCAACCUCAAGGAACGGCUGCAAGAGAUCGACAGAAAACUGUCUCUAAAGAAUAAGGAAGCGAACACUCCAACGUCUGAACCGUACGGCGAAACCAGCCAAGACAAAAUAUUCCAGACAUUGUUGGAGGUCACGGAAAGGAGAAAACAGGAGCUUCUUAAUGAGGUAGAUAUGUAUUACAGGAACCAUGACGUCAUUGCAGCACAUCUGAUCGACCUGCAGUACACCAAAUACUACUGCGAUAUGGCUCUGGCAUACACGACAAAAUCUGAACUAUUGGAGGUGUGUCAUACGAUACAUACACGAGCAGAGGAACUUCUGAAGAUACAAAUACCACUUGAUAAAAAUCCAAGAGAAUCUUUAGUGUUCGUCAACGAAGACCGAAUGUAUAUACUUCAGGAGAUUGAAGGUUUAAUAUCGGGUUUGAGCAUUGGCAAAAGACGUAAACGCAAGGCCGUAAAAGGAAAAACAAAAUCGGAAGAAAGUGUCUGUUGAAAUAGCCAGCUCUCUAAGUCUAGAGAUUUCAGGACUAUGACUGAACUAAUAUAUAUAUAUAUUACAGGAUUAUGACUUAACAAGAACAUGCAAAAAUGUUAUUUGGGACGGAAACUAGCCCAAUGGUGCUACGUCUUAAUCCACCUCAAGCAAACACUCUUUAAAUAAUAAGCUCCACAACAAGCUUGAGAGCUGUAGUCCUUCCCACAGAGAACGCCUUUUUAAAUACUUUGGAAUUUACUACAAGUUAUUUAUUUCUGAGCCGGUUGUUUUCUAAAUUGCACACAAAAAAUAGUAUAUUUUUUGUUAUUUCCAAAGCACUUUUACUUUUCUUUGUACAAACUGAAGUUAUUUACAAUAAAACCAAUUGUAGGAGGAUGAGACAGACUAUAGGGCGUUGUGAGCGAAAUUAGAAUGCAUUACCACUAUGAGCAGUUUACUUAACUGUUAAAACGCUUAAAUAUUACAAAUAUACAAGACAUUGCAUUUCAGUUGAUGAUUUAUUGUAAUUCUUUAAAUAUAAAUAUACCACACUUUGUAUUUAACUUGACAAGACCAGCUUUAUUCAGUGUUAAGAUAACUGACCCAAAAGACACAAGAAAAAGUAAACAGCUUUGUUGCACGUGUGGUAAAUCAUAGAACAUCACCACUAGGCAUUGUUGUUAGAAACCCAUGAUACAGAAACGUUGAUACAUUAUAUAGCAGUAGAUCAUUUGUAGGUGACAUCAGCUUGACAAAAAUAGCCGACUUUGGCACACGUGAAUGUUUAUCAAUAAAAGAAAGAAGAAGCAA